AUAUUGUUGUUGUUAUUGUUGCUAUUACUGACCUGUCAUAUUGCACUUAUUUUUUAAAUAUUUUUCAACAAGUGUCCACGUGUUUGUUAUUGCUCCAAUAAUUAUAAAAUCAAUCAAUAAUAUAAACUACAUUAAAUAACAUAAAUUAUUAUUCUCAUACAAUAAAUAAUUUAAAAUAAAAAAUCUUAAAUUUAUACUUUAAUAAAAUCCAACAACAAAAAAAUGUCUCAACAAAAUUUUCCAGUUUUAAAAAAUGAUAGAUUUUUAAAAGCAGCUAAAGGUGAAGAAGUUGAUAAAAUUCCAAUAUGGAUAAUGCGACAAGCUGGAAGAUAUCUUCCUGAAUUUCGUGAAUUUCGUACAAAACAUGAUUUUUUUACAAUAUGUCAAACACCAGAGUAUGCAUGUGAAGUGACACUUCAACCAUUGAGAAGAUUUGAUUUAGAUGCAAGCAUAAUAUUUUCAGACAUUCUAGUUAUUCCACAAGCAAUGGGUCUAGUUGUUGAAAUGAAAUCAGGAGUGGGUCCAGUUUUACCAGAGCCACUUAAAACUCCAGAAGACAUGAGUCGCCUAAAAAUGCCAAAUGUUGAAAAAGAACUUGGAUAUGUUGGUGAAGCAAUAACACUAACUCGUCACAAAUUAGAAGGAAAAGUUCCAUUGAUUGGUUUUACUGGUGCUCCUUGGACUCUUAUGGGAUAUAUGAUUCAAGGUGGUGGUAGUUCAACUAUGGUACAAUCAAGAUCAUGGCUAUAUAAAUAUCCAGAAGAUUCAUGUAAACUUUUACAAAAAAUAACAGAUGUAAUUGUUGAGUAUCUUGUUAUGCAAGUAAAAUCAGGUGCACAGGCUUUACAAAUAUUUGAAAGUCAUGGUAAUUGGCUAAAUGAUGAAUUGUUUGAUAAAUAUUCAUUUCCAUAUAUUAAACAAAUUAAUGAAAGAGUUAAUUCAACACUUGAAGAAUUAAAUAUUCAAAAAGUUCCAAUGAUUGUUUUUCCAAAAGGUGCAACAAUGAAUUCAUUAGAAAAAAUAGCUAAAAAUUGUGGAUAUGAAGUCAUUGGUAUUGAUUGGACAGUUGAUCCAGUUGAAGCUAGAAAAAGAUUUGGACCAAAUAUUACAAUUCAAGGUAACAUGGAUCCUUGUGCAUUGUAUGCAACUGCUGAUGAAGUUGAACAAAGAGCAUUAAGUAUUUGUAAUAAAUUUAGUAAAACAAGAUAUAUUGCUAAUCUUGGUCAUGGAAUUAAUCCAGAUACUCCAAUAACUUCAGUUGAAGCAUUUAUCAAAGGUGUACAUACUCUUUAAAAUGACUGAUAAAUUUUAAAUCUUAUAUUUUUAUUUUUAUCAUUAGCAAUCAUUAAUUAACAUUUUAAUUUUUAAUUGUUUCUUUUUUUGGUCUAUAUUUGUUUUUAUCAAAGGAGAAAUAUAUUUUUGUUGGGAAGAAAAAAAAAUAUAAUUGACUUAAUUUGAUGUCAAAUAUUAAAUAAAGAUAAUUACAUUUGUAAUACCAAGAUUUAUGAAAUUUUUAAUUUAUUAAGUAUCUGGUGUCUAAAAUAUUUUACAUUGUAUUCUGUUUGUAAUUUUAAAAAUUGUACAAGUGCACGUGCAACAAGUAGAAUUAUUUUAAUGUGAAUUUUUUGCAACAACUGAUGUAUCAACUGCAGUAAGUUAUUAAUUUUAAUAUAUAUAAAUUAAUUUUUUUAAUUCCAUAUAUAUUUUUGUUUUUAGUUAGAGAAUCUUUAUUAUGUUGUUACAAAUUGGAUUAUGUUUGGAUGAUUGUACAAAAAAAUGAUUAUUGAUUAUCAUGACAAAAACAAUAAAGCCAUUUUGUCCUUCAAGGGAAUUAUUAAAAAAUGUAUAGCUAAAAAAAUUAUAUAAAAAAUUAUAUUGAUUAGUUUUUUUGGUCAAUUAAUGAAUUCUUUUUUAAUAGAUUAUCUAGGUGUCUCAUUCAAUGUAUAAUUUGAUGAACAAGAAUAAAUAAAUAUGAUGA